UUCUAAAAAAUAUUGUGGAGGAAUCGCCUGAGUUGCCACAAGGACACCUUUUGGACACUAAAAGCAAUUUAAACCAGGAAUCUAUUCUGUCGUCAAUAAAAAUUAAUGAGAAAAGCCAGUCAAAUAAUGAAAUAAUUUUAAAAGGUGUUACUAAUGAGUCGUCUGAACUACCACAAGAACUUCCUUCAGAGACUGGAACUAAUUUUUACCGGGAUUCUGAUCUGUCUGUACAAAUUCAAGAGGAAAAUAGGUUAAAUAAUGAAUUGGUUUUGAAAAAUGUUAUGGAAGAAUCGUCCGAACUUGCAAAAGGACAAUUUUUGGAAGCACUAUCCAACAUUCACAAGGAAUUAGAUCCUAUACCAAUGCAAAUUCAAGAGGAAGGUCAGUUAAAUGUCAAAAUGGCUUUAAGGGAUAUCACUGAAGAUUCACCUGAAAUACAAGAACACCUUUCAGAAACCGGUAUCACUGAAGAUUCAUCUGAAAUACAAGAAAACCUUUUAGAGACUGAAAUCAAUUUGCCGCAGAAAUUAGAUCACCCAUUGAUACAAAUUCAAGAGGAAGGCCAUUUUAGUGACAAAGUGGAUUUAACGUAUGUGGAGGAAACUUCGGAGCUAUCACAAGAACAUUCAGUAGCAAAAAUUAAUUUAAACCAGCAACAAGAUAUUUCAUUAUCACAAGUCCAUGAGGAAAAUAAUUUGGAUGAUUAUAAAAUAACUGUUUCGACGGAUGCAAUAGAAGAAUCUGUUGAAAAGUCGACUGAACUACCACAAGAGCAUACUUCAGAAAUUGAAACUAAUUUAAUACAGGAGCUGGAUCUUCCAUUAGCACAGGCCCAAAAAAUUCAUUCAAAUCAUGAAAAAACAAAACCACUUUUGACGAACACAAUGGAAAGGCCCGAAGAAAAAUCAUCCUCUUCAUCAGAAAAGCAUAUUUCGAAAAUAAAAACUGAGUCAGACCAGAAAUUAGACCCUCUAUUUAUACAACUUCAGGAAAGUCAGAUAAAUGAUGAUAAGAUCAUAACAGUUUUAUCGAGUGCCAUGGAAGAAUCAAAAGAAAAAUUGGCAGAAUUACCUAAGGAGAACAUUUUAAAACCAGAUGCUAAUUUAUACCAAAACUUAGACCUUCCUUUCACACAAAUUCAAGGAGAAAUUCAGCCGAAUGAUAUUAAAAAGGAAAAAAUGUUGGUUGACGUGAUAAAAGAAUCUUACGAACUAGUGCUUCCAGAAAUUGAAAUUAAUUUGAGUCAAGAAUUGACUCUCCCAUCGAUAGAAGAUCAAUUAGAAAAUGAUGAGAGGGAAAUAGUAUUUAAUAAUAUCAUGGGUAAGUCAGCCGACUUGGUGAAUAUUCCUCUCGAAAAAAAUGCGAAUCUUCCUCCGAUACAGCUUGAAGAAGACCGGUUAAAUAAUAUUGUAUUUGAAAGUGAAGUGAUUCCGACAGAUGUGAAAGAAUUGAACGAAGAUUUUACCAAGUCACGUGAAGAGAAUCUUUUAGAAAAUGAAAUUCAAAAAUUAAAUAUUUCAUCAAUACCGAAUUACGAGGAUCAUAUUAGCAAAGAUGCUUCAAAAGAAUGUGCUUCGAAUGAAGAAAAGUCAGAUGGAUUGGUAGAAGCAGUUGAAACUAAUUUAAAUCAGAAGUCUGAUCCUGUGAUGGUAUCGGUAAAAGAAAUUCAAUUGGAUGUAGAUGAUACUGAAAAAAUGUCCGUAUUAACGAUUAUAGAACCUAAAAGUGAAUUAACAGAUCUUCAGAAAAAUUCAAUAGUUUGA